AUGGAGAACUAUUAUCUGCCCGCAACCACCUACUGCCCGCCCGCCCCACAACCCUCUCCGCUGGAUCGGAGAGCAACCAUUAAUACCAUAAUCGAGGAAUCCCCCCAGAUCCCCCACAUCUACCAGGACUACUUCACCCAGAACCUCACCCGGCAGUGGGCCCGCUACACUGGCAGGGCUUCCGUCGUCUCGCCCUCCUACCAGUCGCCCACCUACAGCGAGGACUUCCCCACCCCCAAGGCCUCGCUCCACAACCUGCAGCCCCAACAGGACCAGGCCGACGAGAACUGGCCGCUCACCCCGCGCGCCCCCGAGCGCCUGGCCUCGCCGCGCUGGACCAGGUCGCGGAAUGACCCCGAGUUCGACGAGCUGUACGACAUGACCGACGAAGACACCGAGGAGGUCCCGCUGAGGUGCUCCAACUCGGUCAAGAAGUCCAGUGCCACCCCCAGCGCCAGGUCCAGCCGCAACCGCUACCCGUCUCUCGUCAUCCCGUCGCCGUCCCAGUGGCCGACCAUCGAAAAGCUCCAGAAAAGUGCAGUUUCGCCCGCCCCCGUCCCAGCUCUGACUCCCGCUCAAAAUCUUCUCAACAUGCUAGCCGCCCGCAAACUCCACGACCCCGCAACCAGUGCUGAGCCGUCCCUGGACGGCAGCUUGUCGUCCGAAGAGCUGGAGCACCUCAGCUGCCCCUCGACCCCGGAGCAGGGCCAAAAGGGCGAGUGGACUGGAUCUGUGCAACUCAACCCCGCUGCCAUGGAGACUUUGCACAACAUCUCCCGUGACGACGACUCCGAGACCGGAGACCAAGUGCUUCACGUCUCCGAGGCCGAGAUGACCCAGGUCGUCGGCGGCGAGCGCCUGUCCGCCCCCGUCCAGCGAAUCUUCACCACCGACCUGACAAACACCCCGUCGGACGUCAGGUCUGACGAGGAUGACUUCUCCGCCUUGACCAUCCCGUCGCCCGGUGGUUUCUUCUCGUCGCUGCAGGGCUCUGCCCGCCACACCUGGAGCAUUCCCCCCCAGCAGAGGCGCGAGGAGACGCCCUCGACAUCCGUCGCCGAGAACUUCUACGGCGUGCCCUGGCGGGAACGGCCGGACAACGUUGUUGAGCACGUUGUCGAAGUCCCUGCCAACUUCGGCGCCUCCGAGCCCACCCCCAAUGCCCUCGACGGCUUCCUGUCCCCUGUCGGAGAGAUCAUGGAAAUCCAGCCGAGCGCAAACAAGUUCGAGUACAACGAACACUACGCUCAGGAACUCGCCCAGCUUGCUGGCAAGAACCUCAGCCGCACCAGCCUCUGGCUCACUUCCCAAGAAAACUGGCUCGAGGGCAUGCUCAGCCCCACCAGCCCCGUCACUCACGAGAGGAGAAACUCCCUGACCGACAUCGGCUCCCCGUCGAAGAAGUCUGUCCGCUUCGUUGACCUUGUCGUCCCCAAGACCCCCAAGGUCGCCGAAGAGACGCUGUCCAAGGACACGACCUUCUUCGAGGCGCUUGAGUUUCUCAGGGAGACUACUGGCAAGUUCGAUGCCUUCAUCCACCGUCUGACCCGUGCUGAGGCUGUGCACCUGCAGCGCCGCUGUGCGCCCAAGCGGCACAACAACCUGCUCCUCGGCAGGUACGAGCUGUGCGGCUACUCCAAGAUCCCUUCGACGCGCCCCGUCUCUCUCUUCUACACGGACGACCCCAACGAGCACAAGGAGCAGAUCGCCAAGGCCCAGAAGGAGCAGCAGGCUCUGGAGCUCGUGCGACCGGCCUUCUGGGCUCUUGAGGCUUCCAGACAGCUCCACGGCGGUCGUCUCAUCACCAGCCCCGCCUACAAGAUCCUCUCCCACUCGCGUGACGAGGGUGCCACUCGCGUCCUCGACCUCGGCGGCCAGUCGGUCUGCGACUGGGCGUGGCAAGUCGCUCUGGACUUCCCCCUGACCUCGGUCUUCACCGUCUCCACCAAGUCCGAGGAGGUCGUCAAGCUUGACGGCGAGGAGCGCGACGUCGAGGGCCCGCCCAACCAUCGCCACAAGGUGGUGCCCAACUACUGGACGCUCCCCUUCCCCAACGGCCACUUCGACGUCGUCUCGGCGCGCAACCUGUACGCGCUGCUCAAGACCACCAAGCCCGUGCCCAACCCGGGCCAGCUCGGCAACGCGUCGGGCCUCGACGAGUACGACCUCUGCUUGAAGGAGUGCAUGCGCAUCCUCAAGCCGGGCGGCUACCUCGAGUUCUCGCUGCUGGACGCCGACGUCAUGCGCGCGGCCGCCGGCUCGCACACGCAAAAGGUGUCGGUCGAGUUCGCCUUCAACCUGCGCACGCGCGGCUACGACGCGCAGCCCACCCGGUCCUUCCUGCCCCGCCUCGCGCGCGCCGGCUUCGCCGCCAAGGACGUCCGCCGCGCGUGGACGUCGACGCCGUUCCCCCGGCCCGGCGCCAAGUGGACCGAGACGCUGAGCGUCGGCGCCGACGAGGCGGUCGCGAAGAGCAGGCACCCGGACGUGCUGAACUCGCCGCGCAGCUCCCUGCAGGUGUCGAGCCCGUCUCAGGACAUCAAGGAGAAGACCAUCGCGUCCAACGGCGACGUCGAGCCCUUCUCGCCGACGUCCUUCUUCUCCGUCUUCCCCCACCGCCGCCACAACCAGCACAAGCGCAACGACUCGCUGUUGGACGGCAUCGUCAACGCUCCCUUCCCUCCCACCACCAACAACAACGGCCUCACCAUCACCAUCCCUCCCACCCCGCCCCCGAAAGACACCACCUUCGACCUCAGCGACGACGAGGGCGAGGAGAGAAACAACAAGCGCGGCUCCACCAAGGACGCCCGCGAACUCGCCGGUCUCGUUGCCGGUCGCAACUGGGAGAAGUGGCUUGUCAAGCUGCAGGCCGAGAUGGGCAAGGAAGAAGAGGGCCGUCUUGGCGAGGGUGUGACGCAGGCGUUGGAGGAAGGUGCGAGGGACGGGUGUGUGUGGAGGGGGCUUGAGGGGUGGGCGAGGAAGGGGUUUUAG